AUUUUCCGUUUCAACCUACUUUCUUGGAUUUUUGUAGUAGUAUAGUUGAAGAAAAUUGGUGUACGUCGCUGAUCAGAUUUUGCCGCGCGAUUGACUGCGGGGAAAUCAAACCCCAACACUGGCAAACGACUUGCGUCUAUGGCUAACCCAACCCAACCCAAUGUUCCUCCCAAGAACACCCUCAUUCAGAAAUCUCUGUAUCCAUCAUCCACUUCUCUCCUACGCAACUUUUCCUCACCCAGACCCACCACCACCGUCGUCGUCGAACCCUCCACGCCUCUCUCUCCUCGCCGACAAAUGCACAUCAAUGCACCAACUCAAACAAAUCCACGCCCAAAUGGUCGUCUCAUCCCGCAUUCACGACAACUUCGCCGCAAGCCGAUUACUUUCCUUUUGCGCUCUUUCGGACACUGGUGAUCUCAAUUACGCUCUCAAGCUCUUUCACUAUACCCACGAACCCAAUUCUUUUAUGUGGAACACUCUCAUUAGAGCUCAUGCUAGUAGCUUAAAUCCUCGCGAAGCUGUGUUUCUUUACAUAAAGAUGCGAAGGCUUGGUGUUAUUCCGGGUAAGCACACCUUCCCUUUUCUUCUCAAGGCGUGUUCUGGUUUGCUGUCGCUUGAAACUUGUAAACAAGUGCAUUCCCAUGUUUUGAAAUUUGGGUUGGACUUGGAUUUGCAUGUUGUUAAUGGGUUGGUCAGGGGUUACUCUGUUUCGAGCGAUUUGAAUUGUGCCCGCCAAGUGUUUGAAGAAGCUCCGGAGAGAAAUUUGAGUAUUUGGACGACAAUGGUAUGCGGGUAUGCGCAAAACUUUUGUGCCAAUGAGGCAUUGGAGUUGUUUGGUCAAAUGAUUGCUGAUGGGUUUGAACCCAAUGGGGUAACUUUGGCUUCUGUGUUGUCAGCUUGUGCUCGGUCGGGAUGUUUGGAUAUGGGUGAAAGGAUUCAUGUGUUUAUGGAAGAGAAAGGGAUUGAUGUGGGAGUCAUUCUCGGCACAGCAUUGGUUCACAUGUAUGCGAAGAAUGGAGCAAUUUUCAUGGCUAGAAAGUGUUUCAAGAGCAUGGUUGAGAGGAACAUUGCAACGUGGAAUGCAAUGAUUUGUGGAUUGGCCGCCCAUGGACAUGCGGAAGAAGCACUUGAUCUAUUUCAGAAGCUAGAGAGAGACCAGGUUGUGCCAAAUGAUAUCUCAUUUGUUGGGGUUUUGUCUGCUUGUUGCCAUGCUGGCUUGAUUGAUCUUGGUCGUGAAAUCUUUUAUUCCAUGAAAGGGGUGUAUGGAAUUGAGCCCAAGAUAGAGCACUAUGGCUGUAUGGUUGAUCUUCUUGGGCGAUGUGGGAGGCUACUAGAGGCUGAGGAGCUAAUUAAAGUAAUGGUGUGGAAAGCUGACAUAGUGAUUUGGGGAGCUCUGUUGGCAGCUUGUAAGAACCAUGGUGAUAUUGAUGUUGCAGAACGGGUGGUGAAAGAAAUUAUUGAUUUGGAACCUCAUAAUCACGGGGUUUAUGUUGUUUUGUCUAACAUGUAUGCAGAGGCUGGACGAUGGGAGGAUGUUUCAAGGUUGAGGAAGGUGAUGAAAGAAGUUAAGUUGAAGAAAACACCCGGAUGGAGCCUUGUGGAUGGUGAUACUUAAUCUUGUUUAUAUGCAUACCACAUAAGACCCAUUUGAACAAUUAACAGUCCUAACGAAAGAAUAGUUGAAUACAAACGAUGAUGAAGAGGUGGUCUGGACUCUAAUUUAUUGAAAGUGGAAACAUGAUUUGUUAUUCCAUUCUAAUUUUGCCUACAUAGAAGUCAAAUUUUUUGCUGAAAGUUUGCAUUUGCAAGUUUGCAUGAACUAUUUGUUGGAAUCACCAGUUAUGCCAAAGUUCUUGGAUUCUGUAAUUCGUUUACCUGAUUUUCUGUGAUGGUGGUAGAUGAAAGGUGUAUACCAUUGAUAACUUACCUUGGCAUGUUUGGUCUUCUACAUUUGCCCGAGAUGGAAACUUGGAAAAGCUGAGAACUGCUGGAAUGGGUCAAUAUUUGUUUGUGAACACUAAAUUAUCUUCAAGAAAUGCUUCUUUGAUUCAUAACAGGGAAAGCACUAUAUCAGAUAAUUUGUUAGUCUCACUACUGGCAAGCUUUCGACAAGAUAAAACCAACUUAUACAAAAAGAUGGUGGUUUCUUCAUUUCAGUUUCUUCUUUCUCAUGUGAAAUGUUUUGCAAAAGUGUUUUGAGAUCUGAAGUUUUGAGACAUGUAAAUCAUGUGUUAACUGUUGUAAUGAACUUAAAAAAUCAACACGUAGUUAUCUGAUCAAUUGUGAGAGUUGAAGUGGUUCAAUAUUGCAACUCGGUGGUUCCUUCAUGAUUGGCAUGGAAUUGGUGUUGAAAGUGUCUUGUAUCUGCAUUUGGCAAGUGUUGUUUUCAGUGGUUCGUGAUUGCAUGGGGUUGGUGUUGAAAAUGUGCUAUAUAAUUGUUUUCUUUUC